AUGCAGCUUGCGGUGAUGCUGCUCACAGUUCUCCUCCUCUUCUCGGCAAGCAGUGAGGGUCUGACGAUAACUGCAGACGAUGCCCCACAGGACGGAGGUCAGUCGCAACAAUCGUUUUCCGUUGUGACGCAUUGUGAAGGAAGCACCAUCAUCCUGCAUGACCCACAGUGGCAGACGUUGGGACACGACAAGAGCUAUGUGUUUCUUCAUGGCCAGACCAUAGCAAGCAACACCGUGCCCGCUGUGGGAACAUUUCAACGUCCCCCUGUCAUAUCAGAUGUGCUGGUCCUGAGCCAGGAAGACCUCUCCCUCGGAGGAGACACGGACAUCCGCCUCAAGUGUGCGAAUUUCCGCUCUCGCGGUUUUCCACCUGUUUCAGUAGUGUGGAAGGACCCAAAUGGCCAGCACCUUUCCAGUUCCGGUUUUAAAGAAGAAUAUUUUUAUCUCGAUCUGGCGUCAUCUUCGGCAGCCUCCGGAGACUACACGUGUCAGCUGGUAUGUGAAGCCCAAGGCUGCUGCCUGCCUGACCAAUCCACGCUCUCGUAUUCCGCGAAGCUGCACGUGAAGACAAAGGAGAAGCCACCGGAAGGAGUUCUAAGAACCGACUUUCUGUCGCUCCAAGCCCGCGUGGACAGCAUUCUGAGUGUCCUACAGCGUCAGGAGAACCAAACCGCCUCCGCACCUCCCGUGGACCGCAUCUUCCUCGAGGAUAAGCUGCUGGAGCUGGAGGACAAGCUAGAGGAAGCCGUGUCCGACCUGCAGCUGAACCUCACGGACCGCAUUUCCUUCUUGGAGAAGAAUGUAGGGGAGGCUAUUUCCGGAAUAGGUGGUCAGUUGAAGGAGCAGAAGACAAAAUUGGGGGAGAUCGUCGACGGAGCUGUGAAGCAAGGCGGGUCAGGGGUCAAGCACCUGCAAGACUUAUUUACGGCCUGUGGUAAUCCCCCCAAACUGCCCCGAGCCGAGCCGUCCGUGACCUUUGGGCAAUAUGGCGACGUCGUGACUUACAACUGCAAACCCGGUUUUCGACAGACAGGGGGCGAUCUUGGCAACCGGACUUGUAAUGCGUGUUCUGUCUGGUCCACUCUCUCCGAUGAUCCUGUCUGCGAGCCCAUCUGCUCGGAGGAAAGCGCUCCGGUCCCAGAAAACGCAGACAUCAGCUGGGUUUGGUCUGAAGAGAACGCCACACUCACUGGUCUGGUCAAGUGUAAAGACCCAAGCGCCACCGGCAUCACGUGCUCUGCUAAUGGCCUCACGCCCAACUGGACGGAACCGAAAAUAGAAUGCGUUCGGCAGAUCUGGCGAAACACGCAAGAUACCUUUUUCCCGAUCACGUGGACAGUAGAGCCCGGAUGGUCAGCCUGCGUCAGCGGGGAAGCCGCAUCGUCCUUCAGUCUGGACGUGGAGGUUGGAUCAGACAUCUUGAGCUACGCUUGGUUUGAUGUGGAGGAGGGGCGCCUGGAACUCAUGUCCAUGACUGACGGCACGUGGUUCCAUGACGGGGAGGGGAGAGCACCACUCACUGCCAACACCUCAUUUGUCAUCAAGGCGACUGUUACCAGCAAUUCCAGCAUACAGUAUUUCGUCAAUGGGGAAGCAUGUGUUGAGCAUCUUUCCUUCCACGGCCUGAGCACAGGGGACAUCACUGGCAUUGGACUCUACAAACGUUCUGUCACUAUUCACUCCCUUAACUUGUGGUGCGAUGAGUAACUGCCGCAGUGUUUGAAAAAACGGCAAUUAUUAUCUUUUAUCGUUUAGACCGUCGGCAAUGGCUGGAUUCUUUAAACUGCUCUUACUACUGUGGUAACUACAGAAAUUGGUGAUUAAAUGAGAAGACUUUGGUAUUGUUCAAAAA